AUGUCCGGGAUCUUGUUUGAGGAUAUGUUCAAUGUCGACUCCGUCGACCACGGAAGAUACAACAAAGUCAGCCGUAUUGAGGGCCAGUCGUCCACCGCCCAGGAUAUCAAGAUCACCUUGGACAUCAACAGCGAAUUGUUCCCUGUCAAGGAGAGCGAUUCUUUGACGAUCACAUUGGCCUCUUCGUUGGGCAAUGAAGAUUCUAUGAUUACCUCCAACGGGUCCUGGAGGCCGCCAAAGAGAGGAGACCGUUCGUUGGCGGAUGACUACGAUUACGUGAUGUUUGGCACAGUGUACAAGUUCGAAGAAAGCCAGGAUAACGACAAGAUGGCCGUCUACAUCUCGUUUGGAGGUUUGUUGAUGCGUUUGGAGGGUGGCUACCGUUCGUUGUCGAACUUGAAGCAAGAAAACGCCUACAUUUUAAUCCGUCACUACAAGGACAACUAG